GGACAGACCGCACAAACACAACGGAGCGCGGCAGAUCAGAUCUCCGGAGAGAGGCUCACAGGAAGGCCAUACACGCAGUCAGGAGCAGCCAGAAGAUCAAAAAGGCUGACAUCUCUCUCUCUGUCUGUGUGCGCAGGUCGAGAUGGGCGUGUUAGAUGCGGCAAGACCCCGAGGCGUGGCACAGCAAAUGACAAGUGAGAGCCCAUCAACAGUAGACACGCCAGCCAGGUGGGGCAGGCAGGCAGGCAGACAGGCAGGCAGCCCUCGCUGCAGCCGGCUGUUCCUCUCCGUGCGCAUGUAUGUUCUCAAUCAGCUCGCCGACACCCUGUCGGUCUCGGGAGCAGUCGGUGUCGCCCGAGCCGCCGCCCAGCUGCGGAAGAUGCUCCAGGCCCUCAAGGUCGACACAAAACAGUAACUGAACCAUGCUGUGGCGGCUCCGUUGCCCACUGGAUGGGACUGUCACUCACUUUUGGGUCUUUUGGGUCAGGUUGGAGCUGGGCAUUGCGGCGUUGCGGACCAAUUGCGACAAGACGACAGCAUCCCUGCGGCCUCUCGAGCCAGUGGCACGACAAGCUGCUCCAGGAGGCGGCCAAAGGGUACGCACCAAUACAACUGACAGACAGACAGACAGACAGACAGAUGGAUGGAUGGAUGGAUGGGCGUAUGAUCAUUGGCCUCCCAGGUUGACAAGGGAGCGUUUGGGUGCCGUCAACGACCCCAAGGCCGUCCAUGAGUUCAAGCGGCAGAUCAAGGAGAGGCAACAGCAGCUGCUGGCCCUCUUUGCCGUGGCCAGCAUGCUGCAUGCCUUGGUCGCCAUCAAGUGGGGGUCCCUCCGGUACUUCGACAAGCCCCCGACGAUCGUGUGUUUCCCCUGCAAGCAUCCGAGUCUCUGUGCGGCGUGCUACGGAGGGCUUCUGCGCUGUCAUGAGGCGGCCAAGAGAGAGAAGUAGCGGCUCGAGAGAGCCCACAGGCGGCUGCCGGACGACGUGCGGCGUGAUGCCGUCCUCAGGUACCCCUACUGCAGGGCGACAGCUGAGUCUCCACAUAACGACUUAGAUACAGCUGGGGGGGGGAUGGCGGGAGUUGUACAGUCCUGGUUGUAAGAAAGGUCGACUGCCUGUCUGUUCUGACCGUUCUUGCUGCUUGCAUAACUGCGUCAGCUGCGCAGGGUAGCGGCCAUUAGCCUCCAUUCUGGUGUACAGUGUGUUCUGAUUGGUGCCGACUGCGGCGUGUGUGUGUGUGUGUGA